AUGGACUGCUACGUGCCAAACAACCCGCAGUUCCUGGGCUGUUGCCACGGACUCUGCUGCGAUCCCCUGCAGCCUUGCUCCUGCGACCAGCUUAGAGACCUGCCGGAGGACUGUUGCCAGCAAGAAACUGAAAAUUGCUGCCCAGAAAAUGGAGAAGAUCUAAACGCAUUAAGCGACUCCAUCGCCCCAUGUGACGUCGGGCUCGGCGAUGUGAGUGAACCGAACUGGCCCGCGGAGGACAUGGGAUCGUUCUCGCUUCCCCCAUUGGAGCUGGACCCGUUGCCGUCGCUGUUCCCUUUUUCACCUUGUUCUGGAUACAACAGGAACAACGGAGGGGAGUGCCGGGAGCGAGGGGGAGGGGAAGCGGCGGACGUCCUUCUCUCUUUGAAGCAUGCCGUCGUUCACGGCGACUGCGCGGCGGACACUGUGCACCCUCAGAUGGUGGUCAAUGGUGGUGGAGGGUACCCCUACUAUGAACAUUAUGGCAGCACCCCACUUUUUCCCACCAUGAGCGUUAAUGUCUCCAUGAAUAUGACCAUGCAUGGAUGUCCGCCGGAUCAGUUAUGUUCUCAAAUGCAAUGGAACCAAAACGCUGCAUCUCCGUCUGUAAACGUGGUAUAUCCUCAAACCCAAAAUGUAAUACCCACAACGUACCCAUCAGCCACAUAUUCAUUUACAGCUGACUUCCGAACUCCAAACCAGUCCGACCCUUUAAUAACAGCAACAUCUACCUUUAAACCCCUUCAAUUACAAAAUCAAAAACCAAAUUCUAAUUACUUGUUCCAACAAAAACCUAACUUUACCAGUCAAAAAAACUUAGGUCCUGUGCUAAAAAGAUCGCCCCCAAAAAUUUAUAUGCAAGAAAAUCAAAAGGAUCAGAUGCAAAACGGAUACAUUUUGAACCAUCAAGGACAAAUGCAGGACUUCGGAUAUACUACUUGUGUUAAUGCAUCAGGGAAAGUACAGGUGGGGGCUUUAAGUGGUUGUUCAGAAGAUGAUGAACAGAAGCCAAAUCUUUGUCGUAUAUGUGGCAAAACGUACGCGAGGCCGAGUACUUUGAAGACACACUUACGGACGCACUCCGGAGAGAGACCGUAUCGAUGCGGCGACUGCAACAAGAGCUUCUCUCAAGCGGCGAACCUCACGGCGCAUGUUAGAACUCAUACCGGACAAAAACCUUUUAGGUGCCCGAUAUGUGACCGGCGGUUUAGUCAGAGUUCCAGCGUUACGACACACAUGAGGACACACUCUGGGGAACGACCGUACCAAUGUCGUUCGUGUAAAAAGGCGUUUUCAGACAGUUCAACGUUGACAAAACAUCUGCGAAUACAUUCUGGGGAAAAACCUUAUCAGUGUAAAUUAUGUUUACUUAGAUUUUCUCAAUCUGGAAAUUUGAACAGGCAUAUGCGAGUUCACGGCAACAUGUCCGGCGGCAUGAUCGGC